GAACUCGGCGAAGAGGUUAGCGUAGCUUAGCUUUUAGCUGCUAACAGUGCUACCUCGUGGUGCUAUCCUAGGCUACCAUAGAAGGUAUGGAGCGGUCAAACCACGGGUCAAGCAGAUGGUCACGUUUGACUUUUAACGGAGAUGAGAAACACUAUGAGCUCUGGGAAACAACAUUUUUGGCCUACUUGCGGCUACAGGGGCUCAAAGAGACUAUUUUGAGCGAAAAUCCGCAGUUUGUUGACGUUGAUGAAGAGGCUAAGGACAAGGAACAGAACGGGAUGGCCUAUGCAGAGCUGAUACAGUUUUUAGAUGACAAAAGUCUAGGCCUGGUCAUGCGCGAAGCUGCAGAUGAUGGGAGAAAAGCCCUGAAGAUGCUUCGAGAGUACUAUGCAGGUAAAGGGAAACCUCGCUUAAUAAACCUGUAUUCUGAACUGACAAGUCUGCAGAUGGGAAGCAAGGAAAGCGUAACAGAUUUUGUGAUUAGGGCAGAGACUAUCAUCACGGCGCUAAGAAAUGCAGAGGAAGUCAUGAGUGAUGAUCUACUCAUAGCAAUGGUGUUGAAAGGACUUCCAGAAUCCUUCAAACCUUUUGCAGUGCAUGUGACACAGAGUGAAGAAAAGUUAAAAUUUGCUGACUUUAAAACAAGACUGCGACCAUAUGAAGACGCCGAAAAACUCUGCGCUCAGGUGUCAGAUAAUGUAAUGAAAGUGAACGUGAAAGAUAACACUCCAAGGGGCGACAACAAAAACAAAAUGGCGGAUAUGGUGUGCUUUAAGUGCGGUGAAAAAGGGCACAAAGCAAGAGGAUGCCAAAGAAGACAGUGGUGCAGUUAUUGCAACAGUUCAACGCACAGAGAUGCAAACUGCAGACGUCGACCGAAGAGUGAACAAGCUAGACAGGCUGCACAGGGAGAGGGCAACAAGUCGUAUGCUUUCUUGACCAAGGACCGGGAAGCGGACAUCGUUCCAAGAUGUCGUGUGAAGAUGAAAGGCCUAAUGGUGGACACGGGUGCUACAUCCCACAUCAUCACAGAUGAGACGAAGUUCAAGAGCUUCGAUGAGACCUUCAAGGCUGACACACACUAUGUUGGCAGAGGUGAUCCUCAUCGACAGCAAAGGACACCACCAUACAGCAACGUUGAGGAAUACACUGUUCAUCCCUUCAUAUCCACAGGACAUUUUCUCUGUCAAGGCUGCGACGGCAAGUGGAGCAACAGUGAUUUUCAACGAAGGAAAGGACAUGGUGAAAAUGAGUGACGGUACAGUAUUCCCCAUCAAUGUGCAGAACAAUCUUUACUACCUAUCUACUGUAUACGAGGGUAUUGACAAGUGCAAAGA